UUUGGCCUGUACAGUUCUUGUUCAGAGACCCUCUGAGGUGUUCUUGAGGUAAUCUUAUUGCAGUAAACCUCCUUUCACCACACACUGAGGCCUUCUAAGAAAUUGCUUGUGGCCCGCAGUUAUUGAAGUGCGCACUGUGAGUUGUCUUCCCUGUUGAAAGAAAUGUGCAGGUUGCAUGGGCUACAGGGAAAUGAAGGAAGUAAAGACAAUCACAUUCUACCCAUGGUUGCAUCUGGGAAAGUUGAAAGCAGUGGAACAUUUGCUUGUUUGAGGCAUUGGGAAACACCCACAUGCUCUCAGGCUUUACAACUGCAGAUACCUUUCUCCAAUAUGCUGCCUUGUGGAAGAUUGGAGCUCAGGGGCAGAAGACAACCUUAACCCCAGCCCCUCCUGCUACCUUCUCUCCUCUCUCCUCGCUUGCAUUAGUAGUCGAAGAGUGCUUCUUGCUUCAAAACCGGAUUUUGAUGUUGGAGCUUGUGGGAGGCAUUCUUCAUUUCGAGAUUUCGGUUGUUAGGCUGUCUUGACCAUCGAGGAGAGCGGAGCUCUUUUGCCAUCUCUUUCUUGAGUUGGUUUGGUUUGCAGUUCGGGAAGAAAGCAAUGGCUCCGAGGUUGGAUUUUUCCGACUGGUGGACGAGGAAUUCACGAAAAGGCACGCCGGUGAUAGUGACCAUGGAGAAUCCUAACUAUUCCGUGCUCGAGAUCGAUGGCCCCGACGAGGAAGCGUUCGGCUCCAUGGAGAAGGACCGGGGGAAGAAUGCGAAGCAGUUCUCCUGGAAUUUGCUCCUCAAGGCCCACCGCGCCGUGGGUUGCGUCGCUUGGUCGGCGACCGCGCUGUGGGCUCUGCUUGGAGUCAUCAAGAAAAGGUUGAUCUCCCGGCAAGGAGGCGAGAAGCCCGGCAGAGGCCGGCUGCUGCUGAGAGUUCUAAGGAUGUUCUUGGUGUUGUCUGUGGUAGCUCUCGCUUUCGAGUUUGUUGCUUACUGGAACGGAUGGCACUUCCAGAAGCCAAACUUGCAGCUGCCCGAAAACCUGCACAUCCCGGAGACCACCGAGAUCCGAGGGUGGCUGCACUCGGCCUACCUCUCAUGGCUUCUCUUCCGAGCUGACUACAUUGCCCACCCAAUUCAGAUGCUGACCAACGUAUGCGUAGUUCUCUUCAUCAUUCAGUCAGCAGAUAGGAUGAUCCUUUGCCUUGGUUGCUUCUGGAUCAAAUUCAAGAAGAUCAAACCGAGAAUCGACGGGGAUUCAUUCAAGGAGUAUGAGCAUCCCAUGGUCCUAAUUCAGAUACCCAUGUGCAACGAGAGGGAGGUGUAUGAACAAUCGAUCUCUGCUGUCUGCCAAAUCGACUGGCCUAAAGAUCGGAUGCUAAUCCAAGUGCUCGAUGAUUCUGACGACGAGGCCAUCCAGAUCUUAAUCAGAGCAGAGGUUUCUAAGUGGAGUCAGCGAGGUACAAACAUCGUCUACCGACACCGGUUGGUUAGGACUGGUUAUAAAGCUGGAAAUCUGAAAUCAGCAAUGGGCUGUGAUUAUGUUCAGAAUUACGAGUUUGUGGCGAUAUUUGAUGCUGACUUCCAACCAAAUCCUGAUUUCCUUAAGCUAACUAUUCCACAUUUUAAGGGAAAUCCUGAGCUUGGAUUAGUUCAGGCACGGUGGAGUUUCGUAAACAAGGAUGAGAACCUGUUGACUCGUCUCCAAUAUAUCAAUCUUUGCUUUCAUUUCGAAGUUGAGCAGCAGGUAAAUGGAGUUCUUUUGAAUUUCUUUGGUUUUAAUGGAACUGCGGGCGUGUGGAGAAUCAAAGCAUUGGAGGAUUCAGGAGGUUGGCUGGAGAGAACCACCGUAGAGGAUAUGGACAUUGCCGUUCGUGCACACCUCAAAGGUUGGAAGUUCAUCUUCCUAAAUGAUGUCAAGGUCCUCUGUGAAGUCCCAGAAUCUUACGAGGCUUACCGAAAACAGCAGCACCGAUGGCACUCUGGACCGAUGCACCUAUUUCGCUUAUGUCUUCCAGAUAUUAUUAGAUCAAAGAUAUCGAUAUGGAAGAAGGCUAACUUGAUCCUGCUAUUCUUUCUUUUAAGGAAGUUAAUCCUUCCAUUCUAUUCUUUCACAUUGUUUUGUGUAAUUCUUCCCGUCACGAUGUUCGUCCCUGAGGCUGAGCUACCUGUUUGGGUAAUUUGUUAUGUGCCGCUCCUCAUGUCCUUCCUCAACAUUCUCCCAGCACCAAGAUCUUUUCCGUUCAUCGUGCCGUAUCUUCUCUUUGAGAACACCAUGUCGGUCACCAAAUUCAAUGCCAUGGUCUCAGGAUUGUUCCAACUUGGGAGUUCAUAUGAAUGGAUUGUUACCAAGAAAACAGGCAGGUCAUCAGAGUCAGACCUAUUAGCAGCAGCAGAGAGGGAAUCAAAGAGCAUUAGUCUUUCAAAAAUCCAUAAAGGUGUAUCGGAAAGUGAACUCAGUGAGCUGAGCAAAUUGCAGGAGGAACAGGGAAAAGCUCUACCUCCUGUCAGGAAGGAAAACAAGAUUUACAAAAAGGAGUUAGCUCUUGCUUUUCUCCUCCUUGUCGCUGCAGCUCGAAGCCUGCUGUCUGCCCAGGGAAUUCACUUCUACUUUCUUCUCUUCCAAGGAGUAUCGUUCCUUUUAGUCGGUCUUGAUCUCGUCGGAGAGCAGAUGAGCUGAUACGAGUAAACAAAGAAGAGAAGGAAAGGAACUCAACUGCUUAAUUAUCCAGCUGCACUAUAAUGGAGAAUAACAUUUAUUUACACAUUGAUACUAUAUCAAAUGUGAGUAUGCUUGUUCAGUUCAAGAAAUUAUAAUCCGAAUUCUGGUUCUUCAUCUUUGACACAUUAUACUGGAGGUUGCUAUCUCAUCUUGAACAAUAAGAUUAUGGAUAGGAUUCUGGUCAACAUUCUUCUUUCUCAAUCGAUAUUCUCGUAAAGCCAAGAACUCAGGGUUGGCUUCUCUUCCAGCAUAAAACCAUCUGUAAUUUUAAUUGUUAAUAGAGUUUGAUUUCUUUUUAGGUAUAUAUGAUUGAGCAACACUUUAUGUUUGAGCCGAUUCGGUCUGUUUCUGAAAUUAAGGAUAUACUCAUUUCUGAAUUGCCUUCA